CUCAGUUCCGGGUAGGAUUUGUUUUCUUGUAACACCCUUACCACGGCUGUCAGAUGUCUUCACUUAUGUAGAGCGACGUUAGUCUUUUUUCUCUUUUAGCUCUCGUGUUGCGUUUUAGCAACCGUUUUUGAUGUAAUGUAAUGUCAGAUAAGCGUCAGCGUGCCAGAGUCCAGGGCUCCUGGGCCAAACAACUGCCCAAACACUCUGGACCAACAGGUGCAGUCUCAAACAACCAACAACCCAAACAUGUCGACCCAGACCCAAGUUCCUGGGGAUGUGGGCCACAGAAAACACCCAGGACAUUUGAGUUUCAUCAGCCCACCAAGCAAGUUAGAGAUGUUCCACCAGUGAAGGUGAUGGAGCAGGCAGGUAUUCACGAGAUCAGCCAUGGACCAUCAGGAGUGUCCAGACUGCGGCUGCUGCCUGGGUUUCUUCCCCCAGAAGAGGCUGACUGGAUGUUCAGUAAGCUGUUGGCGGAGCUUCCCUGGUCCCAGAAGACCAACUACAGACAGGGUGAGGCGUACGAGGAGCCCAGGCUGACUUGCUGGUUUGGAGAGCUGCCCUACACAUACGCUCGCUCCACCAUGGCUGCCAACGCACAGUGGCAUCCAUUGCUGUCAACCCUGCGCGAGGCAGUGGAGCAGGCGAGCGGAUGCAGCUUCAACUCACUGCUGUGUAACCUGUAUCGGGACGGCCACGACAGCAUCGGCUGGCACAGCGACGAUGAGGCCACCUUGGGCAACAAGCCCACCAUCGCCUCCAUCAGUCUGGGCGACACCAGAGUGUUCGGCCUCCGCAAGCAGCCUCCACCGGACGAGAAUGGUGACUUCACUUAUGUGGAGCAGAUUCGGGUUCCUCUCAGUCACGGGACGCUGUUGGUGAUGGACGGAGCCACACAAGACGAUUGGCAGCAUCAAGUGUCUAAAGAGUACCAUGACCGAGGCCCACGCAUCAACCUGACCUUCAGAACUAUGUACCAAGAGCCGGAGGGCCACAGGCCGGGUACCAAGCUGCGAUUCACAUCCCAGCAACCAUAAAACUCCCCCCAGAGACAGGUACUUACCUACUGUGUCUAGUGGCUCUGCAUUUAAAGCACCGAUCCACACAACGUUAGAUCUGAUGGUCGCUGAAAAGAUUUCGAACGCCUUCGUCCUUCUCUGCAGUUUGAAGCAAGUCUGGUAAACACUCGGUUACAACCCACAGUAUGAAUAACAGCUUCUUCCAACUGAAACAGGGAGACGUUCACCUGUGAACCAUAAUAACUGCAGUCGUGACCAGUGGUGACGAUCAGAUAUCAGGGUUUUCAGAGAAGCGUAACAGAAGAAUUGUUGAUAAUGAAAGUUUGAAGGCUGGGUUAAAAUGUCAGCUCUGCAUAUUACUCUGACUUUAUCUCUUUAUUCAGCACAGACAGUUGCUUGGGUACCUUUCCGUUAUUUUGUUACAGUCUCAUGAAAAACUUUAAUUUUGACUCAAAGAGAUGUCAUGAAACGUGUCUCUAUGUCUCAUUGACUGCUUGGAACGUCGCGGUCGACGCACCUUGUUUAUCUUGGGGAGCUUUUUUGGAGAAAACACAUUUGCUAUAGAAAUGGGAUGGAACAAGUAAAGUGGCCACUUACAGGCCAAUUGCAGCUCCAUCAGGACUGUGAUUAGUUAAUCAUCCUGUGAAAGAUUUGUCUGAUCAGUCUCUCAAAGAGGUAAUUCAGCUUUUUUUUUAAGUUCAUCUAAAGUGUGCUUACACAAGUGUUUUUGUGGUGAUAUAUGCACAGUUUAACUUUUCCGUUAACAAAACAGGUCAAUGUAGUUGCAUAGCCAUUUUAGUUUUUAAAAAACUAAAUAAAGAAUGUCGUACAUCCAAACAAGCUGGAGACAUCAAACGACAAACGGGUUGAAAUGGCCUCAGAUGCUAUCGGGACAUGCUAGCUGUGUAUGGCAUCCAGUGGUACAUCCCACAGCCAUAGAAAGGAGCUUUAACGGCCUGAAAUAAACUUGAUAAACUAAAGAAAUUGAACCGCUAAACAAUGUUCUUGGCAAAGUAUCAGCCACAGUUAAAAUGUAAAGUGUGUAUUUGAAAAUUCAUGAUUUUGAGAUUCCUGUUUUUUUAAGGUUAUGGCUUUUUUGGUUUCUGCAUCUUCAUCCCUGCGUUCUGUUCAAACAGGACAUCAGUGCAUCAGAUAGGACGUCAAUACUUACUGACAUUUUGGCAGAUUACCAGAACUUUGCAUCCUAUUACAUGAAUCUAAAAAUGCAUGAAUUGAGGAAAGUACAUGGCUCAUGUUGCAUUCUGUUUAUUUUGUAACACUAAAGAGAUGCAAUAGGGGUUCUUGAUUGUUGUUGUUUUGAAAUAAACAAAUGCAUCUCUGAAUCCAC